UCCGCACAAUCAGGUGGGCUCAGUCAGGUACAAGAGGCAGUAGCAGUAACACCUCCACCUGCCACAGUCGGUGAUUCCUCGACGGCGCGAACAGGGUCACCUCUGAACCACGUUAUUGUUAUUGGUUCUAUAUUAACAAAUUUCCGGAAGUGUUACUGCGAAGGGUAGAUUCGUCAUUCCUCAAAAAAAGCAAUAACAUUUAUAAUUUGAAGUUCUCAAAAAUAAGAAUCUCUAAAAAAUAUAUAUAUAAAACUGAGUUAAGACCUAACACACACACAACCCCAUAGCUAAUACACACACACAAGGAAAGGAAAAAAACAGAAAAGAAAAGAAAAGACUGCACAAGGACCCCGGUAAGAAACAAGAAGAGACCUUUGUGACAAUGCGCGAGAGGGAGUCAUGGGUAGUCCCCUCCUCUAACUACGCGAAGAACACCUUCAACCCCAUCAGGAACAUCGUCGAGAACCUGCAGAUUGUUCCUCACCCGGAGAAGCCUAUGAUAGCGCUCUCGAUCGGCGACCCCACUGUGUUCGGAAACCUCAAACCCGCUGAAGAAAUUACCGAAGCCGUAGUCACAUCCAUCCGCAGUGGGAAAUACAAUGGAUACGGACCAAGCACAGGUUUCGUAGAGUCGAGGGAGGCUGUUGCAAAAUACGUCUCCGUUCCCGGCGUUGUUGAACUCGAGGCGAAGGACAUCAUUCUCUGCUCGGGUUGCAGCUGUGCAAUUGACCUCUGCAUCACCGCCCUUUGUUGCCCUGGCCAGAACAUCCUCGUGCCUCGUCCUGGCUUCCCUUUGUACAAGACUCUAGCAGAAGGGCUAUCUAUUAACACGAAAUACUAUGAUUUGCUGCCGGAGAGGAACUGGGAGGUCGACCUCGCGAUGCUGGAGGACCAGAUCGACGAGCAGACGGCGGCCAUCGUGGUGAACAACCCCUCGAACCCGUGCGGAUCUGUCUUCAGCGUCGACCACCUCAGGAAGAUACUCGAGGUCGCCGCCAGGAACAAGGUGCCGGUCAUCGCCGACGAGAUCUACGACCAUUUCGUGUUCGAAGGGCAUGAGUACCAGCCGAUGGCGUCCCUCACGCAGGAGGUGCCGGUGCUGUCCUGCGGAGGCCUCACCAAGCGCUACCUGAUCCCCGGCUGGAGGAUGGGCUGGAUCGCCAUCUACGACCGCGGCAACAUCCUCUCCAAAGAGAUCCGCGCAGGGUUGCAGAGUCUAAGUCAGAGGAUCAUUGGCAGCAACACUCUUGUGCAAGGUGCAUUACCCGCCAUUCUUGCAUCCACUCCCAAGUCCUUCUUCGCAGACACUCUUACACAAAUCCAAGCCAACGCUAAACUAUGCUACAGUUCCAUCAGUGCUACUCCAGGAUUGCGUCCGGUAAUGCCUCAAGGGGCGAUGUAUAUGAUGGUGGGCGUGGAUAUGGCGUGCUUCCCCGAGUUCGAGGAUGACCUGCAGUUCGUGGAGAGGAUGAUCUCAGAGGAAUCCGUUUUCUGUUUGCCAGGAAAAUGCUUCGACUUCCCAAACUACGUCAGGAUCGUGCUGACCGUCCCGAAGGAGCAGCUGCAGGAAGCGUGCAACCGAAUCAGCUCCUUCUGCGCCCGUCACUACAACGCCCCUUCCAUGGCCGUCUCCUCCAACGGCGUGAGCAACGGCGUGAGCAACGGCGCCUCCAACGGCCACGCCAACGGUAACGGCUGCUCCAACGGUUCCUACAUGAUGACGUCGGUCGAGGAAGCGAAAGUUUUGGCCAAAGCAACAGCCCUGGAGACCGCAGCGGCCCUGGUGGCGGAGAUGGAGACGGACUGAGGGGGGAAGGAGUUUUUAUCCACGCGCGUUGAGGAAUUAUAGAUAUUCUGUUUUUUUUCCUAAUGUAAAGGAAAAACAUUAAAGGAAUGGUUGGAUAUGAGAGAGAGAGAGAGAGAGAGAGAGAGAAUUGAUAAAUAGGUAUAAAUGAGAAUGAAUAAAUUAAUCACAAAAUCCCAUGUAAUUCUGUAAUUAAUACGUGAAAUAUUUAUUCUCAUUUUAUACCUUUUUUGACAUUUGACACAAAAUUCCUCCGCCCUGUUUAUCAAAAUAAAUACAAUUCACACAAGUAAUUAUCAGAUAAAAAAAGAAAAAAAGAAAAUAAAAAAAUGGAUCAAGAUAAUAUUCAUAGUUAAAACCGCAAAUACUAUUUUUUUUUGUAUAUAUUAAUCAUAUUUACUUUUUUCCCCCUGAAGGAUGCGGGUUUUUGUUUAUGUAUGCAUAGCUGUUCGUGUGCGCAUGGGCGUGAGUGUAUGUGUGUAUUUGCGAGUCUCUUGUUUAAAUCUAAGGGAAAAGUCAAAGUGUAUUGCUCAACAUCCGAUAGAGUGCUUUAUACACAUUUUAUAUAAGAUUGAACCGACUUUCCGUAAAAGAUAGAAAGGCUAAAAAAAAUCAAUAAAUAAAGAUAUAGAUAGAUAGAUAGAGAAUAAAAUUAUAUAGAAAAUAAAAGAAAAUAUAAACAUUCACCUUCGUACAAACUAAAUCAUAUCCAAUAUGUUAUACGAGUUAGAUGCUAAAUUAAGAUAGAUAACCAUAUAAUUCUAAGCAAAAGUUACUUUGUUUUUUGUAAAUGAUUGUCUUGUCUUGUUCGUUUGCCUUAUUGUUUUUUUUUCUCUUUGCUUCGUUUCCUUUCCUUGAUUUCUUUGUAGGUAUAUAAUCUCACGAACCGGGAUAUGUGCAAAGACAUACUUUCAUACAAACACAAAACAAACACAAAGCAACGAGGGGUUGUUCUUGCCUCGGAGGAAAUAUGCAAGGAAACCACACUAAAGUUGUUUGUCAUAUAUAGUUAUCAUCUAAACUGUCAUAAAACUGUCACUAAACGUCAUGAUAGUGCAUAUAAUUGCUAAUCGUUAUUUUCAAAGUACUGUAGUUGUAUAGAUUUUUAUUUUGUAAUUAGUACAUGUAGUAUUGUUUAGGUGUUACAGGGUUUUGUUACAGGAAGAAUGAUAUUUUUAUGUAGCUGUUAAUAAGUCAUGUUGAUAGUCAGAAUGCCGAAGUUUAAUAGGUAGAAGAAUGGAGUUUUCAUUUUUUUUAGCCAUCAGAGGGCAGCACUACGCACGGUGUAAUAAAUUGCUUUAUUUCA